GAAGCUCUGGAGAUCUCGGUGAAGACCGAAGGCGGGAGGCAGAGAUGCUGGGGGUGGCGGCGGGAGAGACGCUGCAGAGGCUCCUCCCCGCCCUGGGCAGCACCAGCCCAGCCCUGUUGUUCUGUCACUGAGCGCAGGGCUGCGGUGGCGGGAGUCGCCCCCUCCCGCGGGCCCCCUUCCCCGCCCGGCCCGCCGCCGCCGCCGCCGCGCUGCCCCUGCUCCAUGGCUGGCACAGUGGGCGACAGAGCCCAGCGCGGCCGGGCGGCACCAUGAGGGGCGGGAGCCAGCAAGGCUGCGCCUGCCACCACUUGUUCCGCAAAGUCCUGGCCAAGUGCAGCUGCUGCCCCUCCCGGGCGCGAGAUCCUUACUCCAUCGCAGGCAGCGAUGGCAGCAUCUCUGCCUCCGUGGCCUCCAUCCAGCCACAGGCAUCCAGCAGCUCAGCUCCCAGCUCCCCCGCCUCCCGCCACUCGGUCAGCACCCUCAAGAAAUGGCUGACCAACCCCGUGCGCAAGCUAAGUGCCGGCGGGCUACCUCGGGGCGAACGCCCACUCAGGAAACAAGAGGGCCGGGCUCGGCGGCACGGGCGCCAGGAAGAUCGCAAGAGCAUCGACUUGGGCCUUCUGGGGCAAGCAGAGGGGUCCUUUGCUGUCCCGCCGCAGGAGUCGGUAGGCACGGAUAGCACUGCUCAUCUCCCAGACCUUUCCCUGUUCUCCAGCCAGCUAGAAGGGGAUGGCUCAGGAAAAAGCACCCAGGGCCCUGACUCUUCUCUGCUCCUUGGUGACCCUCCAAACCCCGAGCCCACUUCACAACCUCCUAUGCCACCCCCAGCCUCUGAGGAACAGGAAGAGGAGGAGAGGCUCAGUGCCUUAGAAAAGAGUAUGUUUGUUCUCAGGGAGUUGAUUGAGACUGAGAAGAUGUACGUGGAGGACCUGGGCCAGAUUGUGGAGGGCUAUAUGGCGACCAUGAGUGCCCGUGGUAUCCCAGAGGACAUGAAGGGCAAGGACAAGAUAAUCUUUGGGAACAUCCACCAGAUCUAUGACUGGCACAAAGAUUAUUUACUCAAGCAGCUGGAGAAGUGUCUGGAGGACCCUGAUCUUCUGGCUGAACUGUUCAUAAAGCACGAGCGCCGUUUGCACAUGUACGUUGUUUACUGUCAGAACAAACCCAAAUCUGAGCAUAUUGUGUCUGAGUUCAUUGACAACUACUUUGAGGAACUGAAGCAGGAACUGGGGCACCGCUUGCAGCUCAAUGACUUGCUCAUCAAACCCGUACAGCGGAUCAUGAAAUACCAGCUGCUGCUCAAGGUGCUAACGUGGGAGGAUUUCCUGAAAUACUAUGGCAAAGCUGGCAAGGACACAGAACAGCUGGAGAGAGCUGUGGAGGUGAUGUGUUUUGUUCCUAAGCGCUGCAAUGACAUGAUGAAUGUGGGGCGUCUUCAGGGCUUUGAGGGGAAACUGACUGCGCAGGGGAAGCUGCUGCAGCAGAACACCUUCUGGGUGACGGAGCAGGCAGGCGGGAUCCUGGCCCGGGGCCGUGAGCGGCGCAUCUUUCUCUUUGAGCAGAUUGUCAUCCUGAGCGAGACCCUGGAGCGGCGGCGUGGUCCAUAUGCCGCUCCAACUUAUGCCUUCAAGAGCAGCAUCAAGGUCAGCUGUUUGGGCCUGGAGCCCUGUGUGGAUAAUGAUCCCUGCAAAUUUGCACUGAUCUCUCGUGGCGCAGAACGGGGCACCAUCCGUUACGUACUGCAGGCAGCAACGUCAGAGAUUGCCCAGGCCUGGGUGGCUGACAUCAGCCUCAUCUUGGAGACACAACGUGACUUCCUCAAUGCACUGCAGUCGCCCAUAGAGUACCAGCGCCGAGAGAGCAAAACCCAUAGCCUAGGACGCAUUGGAGUCCCGCAUCACUCACUGCCCGGUGGACCCAGCCGGCCCUGCUCCUCCGUCUCCAUGGACCAGAGCAAGGGAUCCAGCCUCCAGCCCCACAACGCCUCUCUCCCCUCCCUCUACCUUCCGGGCCCAGGCCAGCCUGAGCAACAGGCCUAUGUUGAGCCAUCUCGCAGCCAAAGCUCUCCAGGGCCUGGACCAGUUCACCUACCUUCCGAUGGCUCCGAGGUGCAUCUCUCAAAUUCCUCCCAGCAGGCGUCCCUGCACACAGCCCCAAGUGAUGACGACGCCAGGCCGCUGCUCCCCGAUCCUGAAGUCCCGGAAAUCAGUUUCCCUCAAGGCUGUGCUCAACUUGCCCAACUUGAUGAGGAUGAGCUGUGACUCUUGGACUGUGGGAAAGCCCCUGUCAGACCAGUGGGGUGGGGGCUUUGACUGAUCCAACUAGCUCUUCCCUCUCCUUCUCCCACCCUCCCUCCUUCUGCUGUCUCCAAGGGAAAGAGAGACACAGCAGCAGGAUGGUGCAAACUCUUGCUGCCCUCUGGUCCUGCUCUCUUUGCCCAGACACACCCUCAUCCUAUGAAAGGGGCGCAGAACCCCCACAUUGGGACCAGAGAGUGCCGCUGGUGGCCCUUCCCUUUUCUCCAGACCUCUGUAUAUGCAUGCUGUGGGGCUGUACGGGCUUCAGGUCGGGGCUCUUGAAUGAGGGAGUUGGAUUGUGUGAAUUGAGAAUUUUAUUUUGUUUGUUGUAAUAAUAAAGAUUUUAGUUAAAACAAACAAGGAGACAAAUGGCUCCAGGACACCUCUGUCUUCCUGCAGGCUCUUCCAUGAGUAACUUGUGCACCAUGUGCUAGAUCCCCUUCUCUUGGCCUUGCACUUUAUUUAGGGCAAACCUUGUUGGCCAGUUUCACAACAUCUUCCUUUACACUGCUUCCCCUCCUAGCACUGAAGAGAUAUACAGAGAGAGAGAGUGUGUACACACAUGCAUAUACAUACACAUAUAUCUGUAAUUAGAAAUGAAAAAUGGCCCUUAGCCUCUGACACACGGAGAAAGGAACUACCUUUAUUAGCAGUUUUAGAAUCUUGCCCAAGAGUGUUUUCCCUCACUCUGUUUUUUGAAAGAAUGGGCUAGCCUAAGGAAGUUAGACCCAGUUCAAAGUUUACUUUUGAACUCACAAUAAGUGACAAGAUACAUAUGUGAUACUGCCAAGUUGUGAACAUUGCAGGUACAUUUUAAAUGGCUGGUUGGUUAAACACAGAAGCAGACACCCUUUCCCAGUCGCUGCUUCAUGUUUACUGUGGAAUAGUCCAGCUACUUUAAGCUUGUGUUUGCUCUUCACAGUUGACUUAAAUUUUGCCAUUUGUACAUUUUUGCCCAACUUCUGAAAAUACGAAUCUGUAUUGUG